UAUACUAUAGUGAUGGGUGUAAAUAAAUAUAAAUAGUAAUAAAAUAAUUAAAAUAGAGAGGCAGCAUCCCAAUCCUAAAACGGGAAAAAAGGAGUAGUUGUGGGAGAAACAAAGGGGAGAAAAAUUAAAGGAGAGAAAAAAAUAAAGGAGAGAAAAAAGGGAAUGCAUGACAGACAUACACAAAAUUAUUACACAGCCAAAAAAAAAAAAAAUAAGAAAAAGUUGAAUUGGGAAGGCAGAUCAUGUGCCAUUUUGGCAUGCUUCAAUCUGUCUUAAUGGCCAUUUUCUCCUCCUAAUUCCUUUCUUCCCUGCCCUAACUCUGUCAUUACAUUGUACAUUUCGUCGUAAAUGAGACAAGAUCAUAAUUAUUAAUCCCAACCGAAACAAAAAAACAAAAAAAUGGGUGCUUGUUGUUCGUGUCAUAGGGGUGGCAGAUUUGAUAGUUACCUUGUCGAAGAAGAAAGAGAUCAUCACACUGGUGGAGGAGGAGGCGGAGGCGGAGGAGAAGAAAAUGGAGAUAUUGUAUUGAGAGGCGAUGCUGGUGCUCGUAUUCGUCUUACGGGCUCGUCUAAAUACGUAUCUAUGUUCUCUCAGCAAGGUCGAAAGGGUGUCAAUCAAGAUGCCAUGACUGUUUGGGAGAACUUUUCAGGGGACAAAGACAUGUUCUUCUGCGGUGUGUUUGACGGGCACGGGCCUUCGGGCCAUAAGGUGGCCCGUUACAUGCGCGAUUUUUUGCCGGCGAAAAUAUCGUAUUUAUAUAAACAGCCGAUUGUUGUUGAUAUCGAAGCUGAUGAACCCGAAGAUGAAUGUGGGAAUGUUCCGGAAUAUUCCAGGAAUCCUUUGUUCUUGUCGUGGAAAGCUCGAUUGACCAAGUGCUUCCAUGAGAUGGAUGAUCAGCUUGAAGGUGAUGCUUCCAUUGAGAGCUAUUGCAGUGGAACAACUUCUGUUUGUGUCCUUAAAAAGGCUGAACAUUUGAUCAUUGCGAAUUUAGGCGACUCUCGUGCUGUUCUUUGCACGAGGGAUGAAAACGAUCAUCUCGUUUCCGAACAACUCACUGUCGAUUUAAAACCGAAUCUUCCAGGUGAAGCGCAUCGAAUAAGAAGUUGCGAAGGUCGAGUAUUGGCCAUGGACGAAGAACCGAACGUGUACAGAAUAUGGAUGCCUAAUGAAGAUUGCCCGGGUUUAGCCAUGGCCAGAGCUUUCGGAGAUUUCUGUUUAAAAGACUUCGGCCUUAUUUCUACACCUCAAGUUACUUACAGAAAACUCACCCAAAAAGACGAAUUCGUCGUCUUAGCAACCGAUGGGAUAUGGGAUGCGUUGUCGAACGAUGAAGUGGUGAAGGUUGUGGCGUCGGCGGGGAGCCGGUCGGUGGCAGCGAAGAUGGUGGUGGAGAGGGCCGUACGGACAUGGAGAUACAAAUACCCGCGCGCGAAGAUUGACGACUGCGCGGUGGUGUGUUUGUUCUUCAAGAGGCAGAGGCCGGCGUUGACAAAAUCGGUGUCGGAGGUGACGCAGUUGAGUUUGAACUACAACGGGAUAGACGCGCGCAGCUGCACCGAGAGUAUGAAGAGCGACGACGCGCUCGACACGGUGUUGAAUUGCGAUGUGAAGGAAGGCGGUGGUGAUCAGAGUAAUAAUACUAAUACUAAUAAUAAUACUGAAGGCAACCGUACGAGGAAGAGGAGGCCGCCGGUGAAGAAGAUCGAGCAUGUCGGAGAGUGAUUAUCGUCGUCGGUUACUAGGAUUAAUCGGACUAAUCGGGUUUUAUUUUAAUUUGUGCUGUCUUUAUUUAUUUGUUAGUUAAAUCAAACUUAAUAUGGACAGAGGAUUUUUAUGUACUAGUAUUUUUCUUGAGAGUGUUGUUAUGUAUAUUUGAAGGAGAAUUA